AUUUAUACUUUUCUGACUCUACUUUGACAUUACAUCCCAGAGUGCGGAUAUAAUCUAAAACAUGUAUACGAGUUUUGCUUUUAGUUUCAUGCCUUACAAAACCAUUUUAUCUCCUAGAGCUAGCAUCACAACACAAGAUAAUAAAAAUGCUAAAGAUUAUCGUACAAAAGUUUCUCGUAAUCCAACAUUGGAGAAGCUUCAGUAUAACUAUCUAUUCCCUGAGAUAUCUGAGAGGGAAGCUCAACAUGCUAAGAAGUAUCCUAAUGCCAAAAUCAUCAGCCUUGGGAUUGGUGACACUACUGAGCCAUUACCAGAUGUUGUGGCUUCGAGCAUGGCUAAUUAUGCAUACAGCCUUUCAACACGUACAGGUUACAGAGGAUAUGGAGCUGAGCAAGGGAGCAAGGAUCUAAGAAAAGCCAUAGCAGAGACAUUUUACAAAGACAUGGGUAUACAAGGUGCUGAAGUAUUUGUAUCCGAUGGUGCACAAUGUGAUAUUUCUCGCCUGCAGAUGCUCUUUGGAUCAAACAUGUCCAUUGCCGUUCAAGAUCCAAUUUUUCCGGCAUAUAUAGAUUCAAGCGUCAUAAUUGGGCAGACGGGCGAUGUUGAGCAAGGAUCAGGGAGGUAUCAGAAUAUUGAGUACAUGAGAUGUGAUCCCCACAACAAUUUCUUCCCCGACCUCUCUAAAACUGCGCGAACGGACAUCAUCUUCUUCUGCUCCCCGAACAACCCCACAGGCCAUGCAGCAUCGUGGGAGCAGCUAGAACAGCUCGUGAAAUUAGCUCAAGAGAAUGGAUCGAUCAUUGUAUACGAUUCAGCUUAUGCUGUUUAUAUAACAGACGGCAGUCCUCGUUCAAUCUACGAAAUUCCUGGAGCCAAAAAGGUUGCCAUAGAAGUUUCAUCAUUCUCCAAGAUAGCCGGAUUCACAGGCGUUCGUCUUGGCUGGACCGUCGUGCCUAAGGAGCUGCUAUAUUCCAACGGUUUCCCUGUCAUCAACGACUUCAAUCGUAUCGUCUGCACAUGCUUCAACGGAGCUUCAAGGAUAGCGCAGGCUGGUGGCCUAGCUAGCUUAUCCAGUGAAGGAUUCAAGGCUGUUAUGUCGCUGGUGGACUACUACAAGUCAAAUGCAGAGAUACUGCUGGAGACGUUCGAAUCGCUCGGACUCAAGGCGUACGGAGGAGUAAAUGCGCCGUAUCUUUGGGUGCACUUCCCUGGCUCAAAUUCAUGGGAUGUGUUCAAUGAAAUUCUUGAGAAAACACACAUUAUAACAGUUCCUGGGAGUGGAUUUGGCCCAGCAGGGAAGGAGUAUAUCAGGGUCACUGCUUUUGGUCACAGAGAGAACAUUCUCGAAGCUGCAGACAGGCUGAGGAGCCUUCUUCUCUAGUGUGCACACCCAAAAUAGAACAUCAAUAAAGCACUGCUUUUGUGUUUGUUAUCUUUUGCAUUCACUAUGUAACACAAUAUAGGAAUAAGGGACUGGAAAUAAGGAUGUAAUGUAUAUUACAGUUAUCUCAAUAAAAAUGGAAUCUUGAUGUUCUUGGAA